UGUUGACAGCAGGUCCCGCUUCCUAUCAUGACAUCGUCCCCUCGAUGGUGACAAUGUUUCACGGACUCACGGUCCUUCAACUAGUUAGCGCGGUUCGCAUUGCAGAGGGAUUAAGUGUGGAGCCGCGGAUGGGGCCGUUUGCAUAAUUAACUCCACGCCACGGCGAGGAAUUGAGGUUUUUCCCCUCAUUCAGUCGCAUCGGAUUUAAGAAGCACAGCAACGUGGGCGGCGCGCUGAGGAUCUACAGCACCAUCACGCAGCUCCACGCACGCAGGCUCCAGAAGCUGGAUGUGAAGCUGCGGGGUGUGACGGUGCCUCUCCACAGCUCUGGGUGUCCUGCGGAGUAAAAACAUGCGUGUGGGAGAGCAGCGUUGGUCCGCGGCCAGACUGUGAUGGUGCGUCAGUGCUGACGGUUGCGCGUCUCGCUCUCUCCAAGGUGGAUUCGGUUUCCAAGAGAACUCGUGGGUGUGCGCGAGUACAAAUUCGCGAGGAAAGCAAGGGAAGGCACAGCUUUUAUUGCGUUUGUGAAAAUUAACGUGACCGGACAUCAGCCGUGUUAUUAUUACCUGGACCGCCCGUGCGUGUGGAGACUUGAUUGGUGUGCGGCUCCAACUACGCGCCUUUUGCGCUUGACAUAUCCAGCUGCAGCUCAUCUCCGGCUCUGUCACACGUUUUCCCCGUGAUCCGUCAAAACUCCCAGGAUAGUCUCGCGUAAGAGGGCUGGUGCAGCUCCAGUGCCGGGGAGAGAAAAGUGACAAGAAGACCUUUAAUGACACACACUCAUCAACGUUAUGUGAAAAAUAAAGAGCUGGAAAUGCGUCGCAAAUGCUGCUUUCUGCUGGAGGUGUGUGUCAUCAUUAGCCUCCUGCCGUCAGCCUCUUUAGCGGAGUUGACAUGUGAAGCUCUGCCCGCGCUGUUAGGGAAUUUCUCCUUACAGGCCCUGGCUGCCUCCUGGAACCUAAGUCUGAUCAAUACCACGGGUCAAUGGAGCGGCUCCGGACUCUACUGUGACAUCUCGAUCGAUGGCAUCGGCACCUGCUGGCCCAGGAGCAGCGCGGGCCAGAUGGUGUCGCGACCCUGUCCGGAGAGUUUGAACGGUGUCAAGUACAACACAACCAAUAACGUCUAUCGGAAAUGUCUGGAAAACGGGACGUGGGCGUUGAAGGGCAACUACUCCAUGUGCACGCCCAUACUCGAUUUGAAUAAAUACAAGAUGCACUACCAGAUAGCCCUAAUCAUAAACUACAUGGGUCACUGCAUCUCCAUGGUGGCUCUGCUCGUCGCUUUCUUCCUCUUCUUGUGUUUGAGGAGUAUUCGCUGCCUGAGGAACAUCAUACACUGGAACCUCAUCACCGCCUUCAUCCUGCGGAACGCCACCUGGUUUGUCGUCCAGAUGACCAUGAACCACAUGAAGGUGCAGGAGAGUAAUGUGAUCUGGUGUCGCCUCGUCACUGCCUCUUUCAACUAUUUCCAUUCCACCAACUUCUUCUGGAUGUUUGGCGAGGGCUGCUACCUCCACACUGCCAUCGUCCUCACCUACUCCACCGAUAAGCUGCGCAAGUGGAUGUUCAUCUGCAUCGGCUGGUGUAUACCGUUCCCUAUAAUUGUGGCAUGGGCCAUUGGAAAGCUGUACUACGACAAUGAGAAAUGCUGGUUCGGGAAGAAAUCUGGUGUAUACACGGAUUACAUCUACCAAGGUCCCAUGAUUCUCGUGUUGGUGAUAAAUUUCAUUUUCCUCUUCAACAUUGUGAGAAUCCUGAUGACCAAACUGCGAGCCUCCACCACGUCAGAGACAAUCCAGUACAGGAAAGCUGUCAAGGCCACGCUGGUGCUUCUUCCUCUCCUGGGCAUCACAUACGUGCCGUUUUUCGUCAACUCCAGGGAGGACAAGAUCUCUCAAAUAGUCUUCAUUUAUUUCAACUCCUUCCUGGAAUCUUUCCAGGGCUUCUUUGUGUCGGUAUUUUACUGCUUCCUAAACAGUGAGGUACGUUCGGCUGUGAGGAAGCGUUUCCACCGCUGGCAGGAGCAGCACUCCAUACGAGCCAGGAUGACCCAGGCGAUGUCCAUCCCCACGUCACCUUCACGGGUCAGCUUUCACAGCAUCAAGCAGUCCACGUCGCUAUGAGAGAGAGAGAGAGAGAGAGAGAGAGAG